AUGAUUUCUCUGGAUGAGAAUGUGAAUCUUCAUUCUGAUCCGGUAAAGAGGGAAAGGAGUCGGGCUGGCAAAUCGGUUACAACAGAAACGGAAAGGCACCGGGAGGAGGCGGAGCGGCGGCGGCCUGGAGCGCUGAUCAGAUGCGGAAACGCGGGGAGUCAGGGGCCAAGGGCUCCAGUCAGGAGGUCCGGGAGCAGCAGCCCCCGCCCGGUCGCCACGCCGCAGCCGCUGCCCUCGCGGUUGCCUGGAUACGGGAUAACCGACUGGGGGCCUCGAAGGCAGCUGAGCCGUAGGGGUGAGCAGGCGCGGCGCGAGGAGACGCGCGGAGCCGGUUUAACAUGUCAGAAAGUAAAGACUCUCAGAGAAAAGGCAUGGUCAAGGACAAAUGAAGGCAAUGCCACGUCUCAAAGUUUGGUUCUAUAUGAAGCCUCUAAGGAGAACAGUGAAAGUUGUCAUGAAAGUAAAAUGACAAAUACUGAAGGGGUGAAUAAAGGCAUUUACUUUAGCUACCCAUGCCGACGUCACAGCUGUGCUGUAGUAAACAUCCCAGCACCUUGUGUCAACAAAAUGAUUUCACACAUCCAAGAUGUGGAGUCCAAAAUACAGGAGCAUUUGAAAAGGUUUGAAACUUCUUUUGAAGAAUGGAGCAGAACUUCCACAAAAGACCUGAAAGAAGAUUGGAGUGUAGCUACACCAGUGAAAGAGGUCAAACCAGAAGAAAAGAGAGAUGAAAAGUGUCCAGAGUUAAAGCAGGAAAUGGAAACAUUGCUCUCAGAGGCCGUUCAUCUCAUUAAAAGUCUAGAAACUGACCGGGCAGAAGCUGAAGCAGCUUUAAAACGACAAAGAUCAAGAAAGAACAUGAUUAACUUGAAAAUUGACUCUUGGUCAGUCUGGAAACUUCAAGAACUCCCAUUGGCUGUGCAGAAAGAACACGAGGCCUAUUUGAGAGAUGUUAUAGAGUUACAAUGGCAUCUUGAAGAUAAAGUUAAUCAACUAGAACAUUUUGAAAAACAAAAGACGGAGUUAGAAGAAGCAAAUGCAAAGAUUCAAGCAGACAUAGACUACAUGAAUGAACAUGACCCUCUACUGGACUCUAAGCGGAAUCAGGAACUUCAGGAUCUGAAGAACCACUAUAAAAAAAAAAAGGAGGUAAUGGACCUACACAGAAAAGUUUGUGAAGAACUUGAAGAAGCUUUAGAAGCCUGUGAAAAUGCCAGACUGAAGGCUCAGCAAAUUAAAGAAGAGAUGGAUAAAGAUAUUUACCAGGAUGAAGAAAGCAUAGAGGCUUACAAGAGAGAGAUGUAUCAACUUAACAGUCUAUUUGAUCAUUACUCUUCAUCAGUGAUGAAUGUUAAUACUAAUAUUGAGGAGAAGGAAGAGGAAGUGACUGAAGCAAUAAGGGAAACAAAGUCAUCAAAAAAUGAAUUACAUUCUCUUUCUAAAACGCUGGAAGAUUUGAGAAGAGUUUAUGACCAACUAAUCUGGAAGCAAAAAAGUCAUGAAAAUCAGUAUCAGGAAGCAGUUAAUAAUUUUUAUGCGGCAAAAAAAACAUGGGAUAUCGAGCUUUCUGAUGUUGCAAAAGAUUUUUCAGCUAUUUCUUUGGCAUGUACAAAACUGAUGGAAGACAAUAAAAAACUUGGGAAUGAUAUUAACAAAGUAACAGAACAAAUCAAUGAAAGUAUAAGGAAAAAAUCACAAUAUGAAUCUGAAAUAAAAUCUUUGACAAUGAUGAAGUUAAAGAAUGAGAAACAUCUCAAGAGCAUCUAUAGGGAGGCUUAUCGCAUUGGUACUGUUUUCCACCUAACCAAACACAAGACAGAUGAAAUGGAAGAUAAAAUAGCAGAAGUGAGAAGAAAGUUCAAGGGUAGAGAAGAAUUCCUGAAAAAACUCACUCGAGGUGAAGUGGCUGCUGGAAUGGUGCUUCAGAAAAAACUGUAUUCCAUUUACGAGGUCCAGGCACUUGAGCGGAAAGAACUUAUGAAAAAUAGAGCAAUAUAUGCCAUAUCACUGGCAGAACUACAGGAACCUCUGCUUCAACUAGAAGAUGAAGCUGAAAGAAUCAGAACUCUCUACAAAGAACAUUCUGCUGUACUUAAUAAUAUACUUGAUCAGAAAGAUUUUAUUAGAAGAAAGGUGGAAAAAGUAAAGAAAAAAUUACGAAAAAAGGAGAAGAAAGCACUUGAUGCACUAAUAGAAACUGAGAGUAAACGCUCAGCAAUUUUUAAAGACUUAGAAACAACUAAAAGUAAGACAAUGAUUUUUUAUGCAAAAAUAAAUGAAUUGAAUGAGGAAUUAAAAGCAAAAGAAGAAGAAAAGAAAAGUUUUGAUCAGAUACUUGAAGUGUUAAAGAACAAAUUUGUAACUAUGAGAUUUAAAAGGGAACAUGCACAAGCUGUGUUCGAUCAUUAUAUGCAAGAGAAAAAAGACUGUGAAGAGAGAAUCUUUGAGGAAGAUCAGAGAUUUAGAGUGCUUCUUGCUGUGAGACAAAAAACUCUUCGAGAUACCCAAAAAAUAGUAGCUGAUUCACUUGAAGAAAAUCUGCGUUUAGCUCGAGAGUAUCAACAGCUACAGACUACAUUCUUAAAGGAAAAGGACAAUUAUUUCAAUAUAUAUGAUAAACAGCUAUCACUUGAUACUUCAAUUAGAGAUAAGAAACAGCUCUGUCAGCUGCAGAGAAGGAUGCACAGGCUGUGGCAGGAGCACUUCAAACUGGUGGUCCUCUUCAGCCAGAUGAGGCUGGCCAACUUCCAGACAGACUCUCAGGAGAGUAUUCAGAAAAUAUUAGCUGUGCAGGAGGUAUCUUCAAAUUUAAUGCAACACAUCUUAGAUUUCUUCCAGACUUUGACAGAUGGCCCAUGCGAAAACGAUGGUUAAGCAAACAACCAAUGUAUCUUGGAUGCUGAAAUAAAAGACAAGAAAAGUCACACAGUUCAGAUAACAGUGUAAUUGGACAUUCACCUGUUUGCCAUUUCACACUUCCAUGAACGAAAAACUCACUCACCUCCCAGCAUGCUUUGCCACUCUUUUACUUACAGCAAAUCCAUAACAAUGAAACAGGUGACUUUCAUGCUGCUGUCAGGAACGAUCUAAUUUCAGCUCUGGGUGACUGAUUGCAAUUGGCUUUGCCUCAUCUGAUAAUUAAUCUAUGUCACCAUUAAUUGGAAGAGAGAAUAAUUACUGGCGGUGUUGACAGUGACUUCGCUUCCCCAGAUUUCCCCAUCGUGUUGGCCCAAAUAAAGGCUUUGCCAUUCAGUACUUAAAGUUUGUGUAAACUGUAACAGUAUCUAUGCCCAUGUGACACUUUCAGACACUCUGUCUAAUGUACUUUUGUUUUUGUGUUUAC